AUGCUCAUCCCCAAGGCCGACCGCAAGAAGAUCCACGAGACGCUCUUCCGUGAGGGUGUUCUCUGUGCCGCCAAGGACUACGAGACCACUCACGAGGAGACCGGCGUCCGCAACCUUUAUGUCAUCAAGGCCUGCCAAUCCCUGACCAGCAGGGGCUACCUGAAGACUCAGUUCUCGUGGCAGUGGUACUACUACACCCUCACCAACGAGGGCCUGGACUACCUCCGCGAGUGGCUGCACCUGCCGGCCGAGAUCGUCCCGGCUACCCACAUCAAGCAGCAGCGCUCCCACGCUCCUCCCCGCGGCAUGAUGGGUGAGGGUGAGCGCGAGGGACGACGAUUCGGCGGCCGUGGCCGCGGUGACCGUGGCGACCGGGAGGGUGGUUAUAGACGUCGGGAUGCUGGUGAGGGCAAGGAGGGUGGUGCCCCUGGUGAAUUUGCUCCUCAAUUCCGUGGUGGUUACGGUCGUGGCCGUGGCGCUCCCCCUUCAUAA